AGGCGUCAUGGAUGCGGAAGUUCUCUACUAUUGCGCCUGCGCGCAGUACACAAAGGCCUCAGAAGGAUCGUAGAAGAUGCUGCCUGACCUGAGUUCAUUCAGCAUUUUGUGAAGAAUGCUCUUCAACUUCAACAUCCGCAGAAUCUCAAAGGGGUCAGGGUGCAGAGAUGACUUCUGGUCGCCCUAAUCUAGAGCAAGCCACACGGGGAGAACAGAAAACAGUAGAUGACCGCACCAGGCACGAAGCUGAAGUGUUGCCUCAUACGAAGUUAAGUUUGACACAAUAAGUAAUAAUGGUGAGCCUCGUUGUAACACUCUCACUUUUGUGGACAGCACUGCCUCUUGGUGGUGAUGUGCCACAAUUAUAAGACACCGGAUUUCUGGACUCCACUGCCACAAUAACGCUGAUACUACAAUCUGCUGAACGGUUUAUUCAAGAUUCAUGGUUGUUUUAUUCCAAUUCCAGCAGACAAGUGUAAAUGAGAUCAAAAUAAUUAUUACUCCGGCUCCGGUGCAGCAAAAAAACAAACAAACAAUAAUAAAAAAUAUAUAUCCACAGCUGGCACACAGUACAUAUGUCCGAAACCGGCGCGAAGCUCAGGGUGGCUAUUCUUAAGGCGACUGACAGGAAAUGAUAAAUUAGCGGUGUUUGGUGGUGUGGAAGUCUGGGUUAGUGUGCGGAGUUGUUGAGAAGACUUAUUGCUUCGGGAAAUUUGCUGUUUCAGAGUUGGCAGUGCUGAUGUGCAUAGUCUCCUCAUUGAUGAUCGUGGGACAAGCUGCCAUGAGCUGGGAGGAUGGAGGGAGAUUAUGAAAAUCAGGCAGGUGGCAGGGCCGGAUUAAGCUGUAGCAUAUGUUAUAAAGGGGCCCUAAAUUAAAAAUAUGCACUUAAGUAUUAAAACAGAAAUUACAUACUUGCAUAGGAAAGUAAUACAUUUUUUUUCCAUUUGUUGUACAGCCAGAUAGCUGACACUUCAGUAAUAGUAUUACUUAUGUACAAUGUCCUGGGUAUGUUACUCAGAAUGGCCUCUUUGGUUUGUUACAAGUAGGAAUGCUUCUUUGUCGGAUAAGUGUUUCUCUCACCGUUGUUUCACUUUAGAAUGGCUGAUAUGGUAAUUGUAUUCAUUUGUUAAUCAAUGGGGAAUGUCAUUGUGUCUUGUGAUGCUGGGAACUUGGGGGAGGGGUUUUCGCGGGUUUUUUGGAGAGGCCGAGGAAGACGCCGAGGAAGGUGGACGUGUGCUGGACUGUUCGUAAGACCACCGGGGUGGUCCCAGGUGCGACGGCCGGAUGGGUCGAUUGGUUCGUUGAUUGAGCUCCAACGAGUGCACUAAACAGACUGAACUUUGAUAAGUUGGCGCCUUUUGUUUUUUUCCUUGUAAAUAUAUAUAUAUAUAUUGUAUUGCCUACUAUUUUUUUUAAUUUUAGUAGACUCUUUAAAGUGUAUUUCAUAACGGUAUUUGUUGUGGGUUUGAUACUGUUGGCGGGCGCGAGGCAUUAACUCGAUUCUCACAGCACCUGCGUGUACGGGAGGUGGGUUGGAGAGUGGCUGGAUCUCCUUUUUCCCCUAGACAUAUACCAGCCUGUUGGGUAAGGGUUACAUUUGUGGGGUGCUCGUCCGGGAUUGGAUUGUCAGGGGCUGUGGAGUCGCGCAGGCAGCAGAGCGGAGAUGGACAGAGAUAAGUUUGUUUGUUGGUGCCAGUUUGAAGGUGUACCAGUACAGUACGCAUGCGUAGUGAGCGGAGUGGAUGUUCGAGUUUCGGGAGACGCGAUAGUGCAGGGUUUAAGUUCGGUGAAGGGUAUUGGGCAGGUAGAAUUGGUAGCUAGACGGUGUGGUAAAGAGGCAGAGUCCAGCUGGGUGUUGGUUCGUACAAGUGCUGAAGUCAGGACGGUGGAACUGCCGGCGACGGUCGGUGUACCGGGGGAGGAGGGGCCGUGGGUCUCCACUCCUACAAGGAUGAGGCUGAGGAGACAUCGGGGGAAGAGCUAGAGCUAGAGGUGGACCCCAGAGAGGUGCCCGGCACUAGUAAAGGGAGGUGGGAGGAGGGAGUGGUGACUAAGCCCCGCUCCCCAGGUAGGGUGGAAGCCUCGGAGCUGGCAGUCGCACUUAAUUCCCUGGUGGGGGUGGCCGAGAGGCCACGGCUGAAGCUGGGGGUGUUCUCCGGAGCCAAGCCUACUCCGGAUGGGGAGGUGGACUAUGAGACCUGGAUCGAGCAUACGUCCUUGAUGUUAGACGAGUGGCCAGGCUCAGAGGAGGAGAAGAGGCAGCGAUUGGUGGGAAGUUUGAGGGGUUUAGCAGCCAAAAUCGUCCGGGAGUUGAAAGCUGAGAAGCCUGGGGCCUCAGUGGAGGACUGCAUAGAAGUUUUGGAGGGAGCGUUUGGGUUGUCAGGGGAACCCUGGCUGCUUUUAGCAGAGUUUGAACGCCUGGAACAAUGGAGAGGGGAAAAGCUCUCCGAGUACAUAUUUAGGAUGGAGGGUAUGCUCUCGGGGCUGCGGCGCCGGGGGGUAGUGAAGGCGAGUGACGUGGCUAGCGUGAGGAUGAGUCAGCUAUUCAGUGGCUCUCUGGAGGAGGACAAGGUGGCGUGGACUAUCCGGCAGGCUUAUAGGAAAGGUCCCCCUCCAUCCGUCGGGCAACUGAUUAGAGAGGUGCGAGAGGAAGAGAGAGCGUUGGGGCGGAAAAGGGGCACGGGCCUACGGGAGCAAUCCUCAGCGAUACAGGAAGUGGCGGCUGAGUGGAGGAAUGACAAUCCCCCGGGGAGUAGGGAACCUCCUUUGGAGGGGAGGGACAGGGGAGGUACCUACUCUCAGGGGCGAUCAGUGCAGUGGAUUGGGAGCAGGAGCCGUCCUGGGAGAGGAGGGGCGGCCGGCAGUGUGUGCUUUAACUGUGGGAAAGAGGGGCAUUUCAGGCGGUACUGUGGGCGGCCGAGGGUGUGCUAUAGCUGUGGAGAGGAGGGUCACUUUAGGUGGGAUUGUGAGAGACAAGGAGUCCCGCGGAGGACAAGCCCCCCUAUGACUAAAAAGGGAGAGGUGUCGGGAAACUUAGGAGAGGCUCAGUGAGGGAACGGACUGGAGCCUCUGGAGAAACACGUUCUCAGAGAUCAGCCGGAAGACCACCAGGUGCCCACGCCUCUGUUCCGGAUGGGCUGGUAGGACCCCGUGCCAGUGUGGGUCUACGGAUAGAGGGAAUUUACGCAAAAGCCGUUCUUGAUACGGGAUCGCAGGUGACCUUAUUGUACCGGUCUUUCUACAAUCGAUAUCUAAAGCAUUUGCCCUGCAGAUUUGGGGUGUGAGCGAGGGUGACUACCCGUACGAUGGGUACCUAUUGGUGAGAUUGGAGUUCUCGGAGGGCGAUGUGGGAGUGUCGGAAGCUAUUGAGACGUUGGUGUUGGUGUGUCCUGACCCGGUGGAAACCGGUGGUGCUGCCCUCCUGGUGGGGACUAACUCCCCCGUUGUGCGACGGCUCCUGGGAGCUUGUAAGGAGAAAGGAGGAGAAGACUUUCUGGAGACCCUCUCGGUGCAUCCAGUGUUUCGAGCAGUGUUCGCAGAAGGGGUUGUCUCCCAAGGGCUGGACCCGGAGUGUAAACGAGGGAGGUGCUGGUGUACCUGGACGAUUUGAUAGUGUUUGGAUCGACUUUAGAGGAACAUGAGGAGAGGCUGUUGAAGGUGUUGGGCCGGCUUAAUGAAGAAGGGUUGAAGCUUUCCCUGGACAAAUGCCA